GUGUGGGAAUGGCACUAACUGAGCAUUUGCCACAAUUGUAUGAUAUGUAAAUCUGCAUUUCUCGGUAUACCUGGCUUUUUAAAUCCAUAUUCAGAUUUAUUAAAGCUGAGAGUUGCAGUUUGGUAACUGUGCUUUUAAUCACAGAGCAUCUGCUUGUCCUUGCUUAUUUCAAUAACUCUGGUAUUUGAACAUUAAUGAAACAUCUUGCUUCAAUUUUAUCACAGAUGCAGAAAUACUUCCUGGAAAUGAAGAACAAGAUGCCUUCUUUAUCACCAAUAGAUAAAAAUUGGCCAGUGAGACCUUACCUUUUCUUGGAUUCAACUCACAAGGAACUAAAGAGAAUUUUCCAUUUGUGGAGGUGUAAAAAGUACAGAGACCAGUUCACAGAUCAGCAGAAGCUUAUCUAUGAAGAAAAACUGGAAGCAAGUGAACUUUUCAAGGACAAGAAGGCUUUAUAUCCAGCCAGUGUUGGGCAGCCGUUCCAAGGGGCUUACUUGGAAAUCAGCAAGAACCCCAAGUACAAAAAACUUAAAGAUGCCGUGGAUGAAAAGAUCAUUAUUGCAGAAGUUGUGAAUAAGAUCAAUAGAGCUAAUGGGAAGGCUACAUCCAGGAUUUUCUUAUUAACCAAAAAUAAUGUUCUUCUUGCGGAUCAAAAAUCUGGUAAUAUCAAGUCAGAGGUUCCACUAGGAGAUGUUACCAAAGUGUCCAUGAGCUCCCAAAAUGAUGGCUUCUUUGCAGUGCACCUCAAGGAGGGUUCAGGAGCAGCUAGUAAAGGAGAUUUCCUGCUCAGCAGCGAUCACCUUAUUGAAAUGGCCACUAAGCUUUACCGCACUACUCUCAGCCAAACCAAACAAAAGCUCAACAUUGAGAUUUCUGAUGAGUUUCUGGUCCAGUUCAGACAAGACAAAGUAUGUGUGAAGUUCAUACAAGGCAGCCAGAAAAAUGGCAACAUCCCAACUUGCAAGCGAAAAAACAAUCGGCUUCUUGAAGUGGCUGUCCCUUAACUGCAGCUGGUGACUCUACCUUUCACGGACUUGUUUCUUUGUAAUAGUGCAAUUUUAGGUGUUUGGUUUUGCUGUUUUUAUCCCUUUCUGGAGCUGUUGAUGGCUAAUAGCUUUAGAAACCCUUGGCAAAACAUUGGAUCAAUCAACUUUUUAAUCUUUUUGUUCAUGCCAGAGUUUUAACCCUCAAAAUGCAGAUUUUUUUUACCCAGUGAGGCAUUUUUAAUCAGCUGGCACGUAUCUGUCAUACACGAAUCAUUCUCUUUGUUUAGCGGUCAAUAUUUUAGCGCAGCAUACCAUAAACCCACAUAUUAAUGAUAAAUUACUCCUAUUCCUUAGUCUAGAGAUUCGCUUAACAGGAACUAUACACGGCCUUGAUGCUUGAUGGCCGCUUGUGCCCGGUGUCUUUUUGACUGACCUGUUGUGGUGUUCUGACGGGCUCCUCGCUUGCCACCGCCGGGGAGACCAGCGGAACACCGACUGAUACACUAACUCCCGUACUUAACACUAGGACCUAUGUAACUCAAUCUUCUAGUCAAUACAGCACAGGA